ACGCUUGGCUAUUGUAGGGUUACACAUACUUGGGGUCUGUGUACUCUCUGUAGGGUUAAACAUGUGUGUAGUCAAUACGUAUAUAUAUACUUAACAUAGAAUUAUAUAGGUAAAUGUGCCCAAUGGCAAUGUACAGGAUGGCACAUUCUUUUCUGGACAUCGAGACUGAUUAUACCGGUGCUGGAAUGAAGAACAAGCUGUCAAUAAACGUUUAUAAGCACUGAUCGACUGUCCUUUUCAAUGGUGACCAAUAUGGCAGCCAAGUGGGUUUGGUCACUGUUGUUGCUUGUGAAGAUACAUUUCGAUUCAGGGUACGCUCAGUGUGUCAAUACGUUAGAUGUGACGGCUCAUCUAGACUAUUCUGGACAUAUUAAAUCGCCGAACUACCCAUAUAACUACAAUAAUCGGGCCAACUGUGAAUGGCUGAUAACAGCUAGCACUGGCGUGGUUGUCAUCAGCAUCGAUGAUAUGCUGUUAGAAACUAACUUCGAUAAUAUUUACUUUUAUGAUGGCUCUUCCUCGUCAGGAACAUUGCUCGGUAGUUACACCGCGGAGACAACUGGCAUUGAAAUCUCGUCAGGCACAACAAUGCUGGUGCGUUUCACAACAGACUCGAGUGUUACCCGGCAUGGAUUCAAAUUGACUUAUUUUGCUCUCUACUCGGCGUCUUCCUCAAACCUACACGCGUGGCCGUACUCGCCCUGUGGCACCACCAUCAAUAUCAAUACUAACGAUAUCCAGCAGCUGAAGCUAUCCUCCGCCCCACUGUCUACUUCUCCUUCGCUGAGUAACUGCGAUGUGACCUUCUCCGUGUCGGCCAGUAAUUUGAAUGUGACCAUACUUUGGAGUGAUUUGGCGUUCACUUCGAAUGGUUUGAAUGUGACGUCCGUUAACCUUUGUGAUCAGCAGUAUGGACUCUCUGUAUGGGACGGUAACGGCUCCACCUUGUUGUAUUGGCUGUGUAACGCCGACCAGAGCUCUGAUGAUACCGUUAUUAUCUACCCUACUCAGACAUCGGUAAUGUUCCGAUACAACUCUCCCAUCUCUACCACGGGCCCGAUCAUCAGCAUUCAGAAUUAUGGAGGGACAGCCGCUACAGCCACAGUACCAAUUCCUACGACACAGUCUAUCGUCUCAUCGUGUGGUGAUAGAUCGAUGAUCUCAGAGUCGUUUCAACAAUAUCUUACGUCUCCCAACUACCCAAACUAUUAUAGCAACUACUUAAGUUGUAUCUGGACAAUUACGUCACACGAUCUUAAUGGUGUCAUUACAUUGAAUAUCAUCAGUCUGUAUACAUAGUUAGUCCACGAUUACCUCUCCGUGUAUGACGGUCCCGGUACCGGCUACCCUGUCUUGGGUGUCCAGUACAGUGGCAGCUACACAAACGUCACUCUGACAUCCACUUCAGCCUAUGUCACCUUGUACUUCAGUACCGAUCAUUCCAUCACCAACUCCGGUUUUUACAUCUCUUACUACACUUCGGGUACUGCAUCUACGCCGACAUGUGCAUCAGGUUACAGCCCGAUUAAUGAAUUGGACGCGUCAAGCACUGAGGGAUCAAUCUACUCCCAUAUCGCGUACCCGUCAGGUUCCUAUGACAAUGGAUAUGAACAAUACUGGUUGAUUAAGAAGUCGGACGUCUCUGAUACGUUAACGUUUUACUUCGCUGCGUUCCGACUAGAGGCUUGUUCCUACGACACACUCAAAGUCUAUCAAGGUGGGUGUCUUUACGACACCCUUGAAUACACCUUUUGUGGCGAGGUGGAUUUAUCUCUGAAAUACACUGUUAGCCGCGGUCAGUAUGUUCUCUUCUACAUGAGCACAGACUAUUCCGUACGCUAUACGGGAUUCGAAAUGAGAUACUAUACUGGUGACGGUACAGAUGAUGAGACGGACGAGGGUGGUGUUCCUUUGGCUGCUAUCAUCGUACCAGUAGUUAUCGUCUUCUUUCUUAUCCCU